AGUGCGUUUCAGCUCCACAGCAGUGCCAAGCGUCCGGAACUCUUCGCACGUCCCGCAGAGUCAUGUCCGCUCCUGCCGCUGCUCCCGAGGCCCGCCGCGUCGCUGUGCCCAAGCGGGCCACCGGCACCGGCGGCGGCAGCGGCGGCCCGGCCCCGGCCGCGCCCUCCACCGCGGCCGCACCCAAGGCACCGGCGGCGCCCCCCACCUCAGCGGCGGCCAUCAUCUCGGAGACCCAGAAGCCCAUGUCCGGGACGCAGCGCGCCGCGGCUACCGGCUCCGCCCUGUCGCGAGGUGUGGGCGCCAAGGCAGAGGCGGCCGCCCCGAAGUCCAAGGCGAAGGCCAUGGCCGUUCCCACCACUGCCGGCCGCUACUCGGGGCCUUCCGGCGCCCCGGUGGUCAGUGGCACCGCGCCUCGCCAGGUGGUGGACAUCGUCACCGGCGCGCCGCGGGCCAUGGGCCAAACCCCGGGCGUGGCCACCAGCUCCAUGGGCCCGGCCCGGAGCUACGCCAAGGCAGCUGCCUCCAUGCUGCCGGCGGAUGCGCCCCGCGUGGGCCCUGCCGCGGUGGCCGUGGGCCGCGCCAUGGCGGAGGGCCGCACUCCGGCGGUGAGCGGCGGCGGCGGCAAGCUACGUGCGCCCAUCGGGAAGAAGUACCAGAUCGUCUUCGUGACCAGCGAGGUGGCGCCCUUCUCCAAGACGGGAGGACUGGGCGAGGCCAUGGAUGGCCUGCCGAUUGCCCUGGCGGCCUUCGGCCACCGCGUCAUGGUGGUGUCUCCCCGUUACGACCAGUACGCGGAGGCUUGGGACACCAGCUACUGGGGCAACGUGUCCAUGGGCGGCAAGCAGGAGUCUGUGCACUUCUUCCACACCUACAAGCAGAAGGUGGACUACGUCUUCGUGGAUCAUCCCACCUUCCUGGAGCGCGUGAAUGGCCUCACAGGUGCCAAGCUCUAUGGCCCCGAGUGGGGCAAGGAUUUCGCGGACAAUCAGGCGCGUUUCGCCUAUUUCUGCAAGUGCGCUGUGAAGGCCAUCCAGGAGCUUCGACUGGGCGGAUCCGCGUACGGGGGAGACUGCAUGGUGGUGUGCAACGACUGGCACAGCGCUCUGGUGCCCAUGCUGAUCCAUGCUGACAAGGCUCAGAAUCCAGGCAAGUGGCAGAACACGAAGACCGCCUUCCUCUGCCACAACGCCGUCUUUCAGGGCCGGUUCCAGCGCGAGGAAGGGCUGGCAGAGAUCUUCGGGGUGCCGCAGCGGUACAUCGACAGCAUCACCUUCAAGAUGCCCCUCCGCAUCGGGAAAUACAACGACAAGGUCUCCUGCAUCAACACCAUGGCCGCGGGCCUGAAGUACGCUGACCGCGCUCUCACCGUGUCGCCGACCUAUGCGCGGGAGUGCACUACUGACCCUGAGAAGGGGGUGGAGUUGGAGGCCCUCUUCACCAUGGGAAGGUGCACAGGCAUCCUCAACGGCGUCAAGGAGGGCGUUUGCCCCGGGGAUAAGAACUUUGUCACCAAGACCUUGAUGUCUUGCGGUACCUACACCGCUGCCACCUGCGACGCGGCCAAGAGAGAGCUCAAGAUGGCCUACAGAAGCCAGAAUAACCUGCCAGCGUCCAGCGGCCCGCUGAUGUGCUUCAUCGGCAGGCUGGACGCCCAGAAGGGCUAUGACAUUCUGCUCGAGGCGAUGAUGGAGAUCAUGGAGGACGUGGAGAUGCAGAUGAUCGUGGUGGGCGCCGGGCGUGCGGACUUGGUGGCACAGACCAAGGCAUUGGAGAAGAAGUUCCCCAACAAGCUCUUCUACGCAGGCUGGAUGGGUGCGGAGCGUUAUGCCCUGCUCGCGGGCUGCGACUUCACGCUGCUUCCUUCCAGGUGGGAGCCCUGCGGCCUGGUGCAAAUGGAGGCCAUGCGGCUGGGCACUUGCCCCAUCGUGGCGCCCACCGGAGGUCUCAAAGAUACCGUGGAGGAUGGCUUGAACGGCAUUUGGACUGACUCGGAGAUGACCGUUGAGGCCAUCGUGGACGAGGAGUCGGUGGCUUCCUUGGCUCGCGCCCUAAAGCGGGCCGUGAAGCUCUUCAAGGACAGCCCGCAAAAGGUGGUGGAGAUGAAGAAGGCUGCCAUGGCCGCGGCCGCUGAGUUCACUUGGACCAACGCAGCGCUGCAGUACGAGGCGAUCUUCAAGGAGCUGGGGGUGAAGGAUGUGUUGCCGCCCGGCACCACGGCCACCGUCACGCUGGAGGUGGACAAACAAGUUUGCUAGGACCGGCAGAGGAAACAAGCAAGAUCUGAGAUCGCCAUCUCCGGACGGGUAGCUGCGAUGCGCGCGUCUGGAAUCGGAGCCGAUGUGUCAAAACCAGACACCUCUUCGAUGAGA